AUGAUGACCAUGACUACGAUGGCUGACGGUCUGGAGGCUCAGGACUCGUCCAAGUCUGCUUUCAUGGAGUUUGGGCAGCAGUCGCACUCACAGCAGAGCUCCCCGUCGAUGGCCAGCGGCCACUACCCGCUGCACUGUCUCCACUCCGGCUCACACGCUCACCACCAGCACGACAACACCGCGUACUCCGGGACCAACACCUACAACAGGUCGUUACCCUACCCUUACGUGAGCCAUUCGCACCACAGCCCGUACCUGCCAUCCUAUCACAGCAACACGGGAGGACAGACAAGGUUAGACGGCACAGAGCAGCAGAAAACGACAGUGAUUGAAAAUGGGGAAAUUCGUUUUAAUGGGAAAGGCAAGAAGAUUCGCAAACCUCGGACAAUUUAUUCCAGUUUGCAGCUUCAAGCACUGAACCACCGUUUCCAACAAACACAGUACCUCGCUUUACCGGAACGCGCCGAGCUGGCUGCCUCUCUAGGACUGACACAAACCCAGGUAAAGAUUUGGUUCCAGAAUAAGAGGUCAAAGUUCAAGAAGCUGCUCAAGCAAGGCGGCAACCCGCACGAGACCGAUCCUAUACCGGGCUCCAUGUCCCUCUCCCCUCGCUCCCCGACCAUUCCCCCAAUAUGGGACGUCUCGGUCUCUUCCAAAGGAGUAAACAUGCCGGCCAACAGCUACAUGCCGGGCUACUCUCACUGGUAUUCAUCCCCACAUCAAGAUUCAAUGCAGAGAUAG